GUGCGGGCCUGGGUGGUCGGUGCUGGCACCCAGAGGCCGAUCCCGCCCCCGGUUCCUUGCAGGUAGGGAGUGGGAGUCCCGAGCGGAGCCUGGGGGCCCGGCUGGGAGCCGCAGGAAGCCUCACAGCUGCCGAGGGGUGCGUGCCGACGGGGAGGCCUGGGCGCAGGUGCCGGGCAUCGGGACCUGGCCAGGACCCUUCCUUUCCUAGCUGUUUCCUCAUCGGAAAAAGGGCCAGGUGUCCAGCAGUGGCAGCAUCCAUGGCGGGUCCCCUGUGGCGGGCCGCGGCAUUUGUGCAGAGACAUAGGACAGGCCUAUUGGUGGGUUCCUGUGCAGGCCUGUUUGGGGCCCAGAUCUUGUACCACCUCUUCCCAGAUCCUGUGGUUCGAUGGCUCUACCAGUACUGGCCUCAGGGCCAGCCAGCCCUGCUCUCCCCAAAGCUUCAGAGACUCUUCCAAGAGGUGCUACAGGACGUUGGCGUCCCGUCAGGCCAUUGCUACAAGGCCUUCACCACUUUCACCUUCCAGCCGGUGAGUGCUGGCUUCCCAAGACUCCCUGCUGGGGCCGUGGUGGGCAUCCCCGCCAGCUUCCUGAGUGACACAUUGACCAACACUGACCGCCCUGUGAUUGUACAUGGGCAGAGAGUGGACUGGAAAAGCCCAGAAGGUACCCGGCUGAGAGAUGCCCUGACCCUGUCCCAUGAUGCCCAGAAGUUUGCCUUGGCCAGGGAGGUGGUGUACCUGGAGAGCGGUACAGCGGCCCUGCAGGCCCUGCCGGCCCCCGCUUGCCUGGCAGGAACUUGGACGCUGAGCAUGAGUGCCAAGCAUGCCCUGGGGCUCUACGGAGGCCCCAUGAACUUAAGAGUUGCCUUCAACCUGGUGGCAGCAGUGGUAGGCUUUGUGGCUUACGCCUUCUCCACGGACUCUCUCACCCAUGCCCUGGAAGCCUGGCUGGACCGCCGCACAGCUUCCAUGUCUGCAGCCUAUGCCCAGGGCGGAGCGGAGUUCUAUGAGAAGGUUCUGUCUGGCAACCUGGCCCUGCGCAGCCUCUUGGGUCCACCCGGAGAGAAGCUGUAUACGCCCAGUGGGAACAUCGUUCCCCGAAGUUGGUUCCGCAUCAAACAUUUACCCUACACGACCCGCCGGGAUUCCGUGCUGCAGAUGUGGAGGGCGACACGCAACCCGGGCCACUCCUGAAGGGAUCAUCUCACGGACAGUUCCAGCGCGUGCAGGCACAGCCCUGCCAUUGACCCUGGGGGCUCCCUGCACCCACAGCCCAAUGUUAUUGGAGUUAAACAGCCUGGAUUCUACCUCAACCCACCUCUUCUGAUCUAAGCGACCUUGGGCACAUCCCUUUAUGAAUCUGAGCCUUGGUUUACUCCACUGUAAAAUGGGGAUGAGGUACACUUCUGGCAGGAUUGUGGGUCCUCUGGCAAAAAGGGUGUGGCAUAAAUAAACACCCUCCUCCUGGGAUGUCCCUCCUUCUAGGUCUUUGAAACCAGUAGGCUGUGGGGAUGAGGUCAUACAUCUCACCACCAGAGGUGCUUGCAGGAUGUGAACACUCCUACAGCGAAGAACCACCCCAUGGUUUGCCUGUUGGUCAGAUCCCAGUUUCCUUCUGUGGUAGAGAUUAAAAGCUUUGAGGGGUGCCCAGCCAGCGUGGCUCAGUGGUUGAGCAUCAACCCAGGAACCAAGAGGUCACCAGUUCAAUUUCCAAUGAGGGUACAUGCCCGGGUUGCAGGCUCAAUCCCCAGUAGGGGGUGUGCAGGAGGCAGCCAAUCAAUGAUAUUUCUAUCUCCCCUCUUCCUCCCUCGGUCUCAAAAAUCAAUAAAUAAAAACUUUUUUUAAAAAACGC